UAUUGCUGCGUUUGCAUAGCAGAAUGAAUAUUCAGACGUGUAAAACAUCAAGUGAGCAUUUGCGUUGGACUUGGGCGACGGGGCUACAGUUACCCAAAUUUUGUAAUUCGUAAGGGGCUCACAAUGAGGGACUAUGAUGAGAUCACCUCUUUCCUGGGGGAGUGGGGGCCCUUCCAGAAGACCAUCUUCGCCUUGCUUAGCCUCAGCAGUAUUCCCAAUGGUUAUGGCGCGAUGUGCAUGGUGUUCCUCUCGGACACACCCCGGCACCAUUGCAGUUUGCCCUACCUGAACACGACCGGAUACAAUCAGAGUCAGGCCCUGCCCAUGGAGGAGGUGAACGGGCAGCUGGACUACAGUCGGUGCACUCGCUAUAAGAGGCUCAAUGUCACAGAGUUGAUGUUCGGCAAUGAAACUGAAAGAUGCGUGGAUGGCUGGGAUUACAGCACAGAGCGGUACAUUUCCACAAUGACAACAGAGUGGAACCUUGUCUGUGGAGAUGCCUGGAAAGUUCCAUUCAGCCUGUCCGUGUUUUUCAUGGGUGUAUUUACUGGCUCAAUCCUGUGUGGUCAGGUCUCAGACAGAUUCGGCAGGAAGUUUAUAUUCUUCCUCAGCCUGGCAGUGCAAACCAUCUUCACCAUCAUUCAGGUGGUCUCCGUCAGCUGGGAGAUGUUUGCCAUCCUCUACUUCAUCGUUGGAGUGGGACAGAUUUCCAAUUACAUUACUGCUUUCAUCUUAGGUAACGAGGUGUUGGGGGAAUCCUACCGCUUGGCCUUCUCCACCAUGGGUAUGUGUGUGUUUUACGCGGUGGGCUACACUGUCCUUCCACUUUUCGCCUACUUCAUCCGCAGCUGGAGAAUUCUCCUGCUAGUUUUGGCCCUGCCUGGAUUCCUCUACAUGCCCCUCUGGUGGUUUAUUCCAGAGUCUCCACGGUGGUUGCUGGCUGAGGGUCGUCUGAAGGAGGCUGAGGACAUUGUCCGGGCUGCAGCUGAGAAGAACGGUGUCAGACCUCCAGCGGUUAUAUUUCGGGAGGAGGAUUCUGCUAAACUUUUGGAAAAGCAGACUGAUCACCCCAAAACCUCAUAUACGUACCUGGACCUGGUCAGGACAAGCAAGAUAAGGAACAUCACCAUCCUCAACGUCAUCCUCUGGUUCAGUGUAACCAUCAGCUACAUGGGGCUGUCCCUGAGCACGCCCAACAUGAACGGCGACCCGUACCUCAACUGCCUGCUCUCUGCCGUCAUGGAGCUGGUGGCGUACACGGGGGCCUGGCUCAUGCUGAAGGUGGUGUCCCGUCGCCACAUCAUCUCCUCCACGCUCCUCCUGGCAGGGGCCGUCCUGCUGCUCACUCAGAUGGUUCCGGAAAAAUGGAGCAGUGUCAUUGUUGGCCUGGCGAUGGUGGGGAAGCUCGGGGUCACCGGAGCGUUUUCGGUCAUGUACAUCUCGGCCAUGGAGCUGUACCCCACCGUGGUGCGGGGGAUGGGGGUGGGCGUCUGCUCCAUGACCUCCAAGAUGGGGAGCGUAAGCGCGCCCUUCCUCGCGUUCAUGGGUGCAUAUUACAAGGCCCUCCCCUACAUCGUGAUGGGGCUCCUGUCACUGGCCAUCGGACUGCUGAGUCUCCUUCUGCCCGAAACACGAGGCACCGCACUGCCCGAGGACCUCUCCCAAGUGCAGUCCCUAAACUGGUGGAGCCACCGCGAACAUCUGGCGGAACCUGCGGGAGUGGAGUGCGGUUUUCUCAUUUACGACUUGUGCAGCUGUCUGCUGUGA